AGAUGUAAAGAUGGCGGAGUUACAAAUGCUGCUGGAGGAGGAGAUUCCUGCGGGUCGGAGAGCUUUACUGGACAGUUUCUCCAACCUCGAACGAGUGGCGGAGUACUGCGAAAACAAUUAUGUCCAGUCAGAAGAUAAGGAGCAGGCCCUGGAGGAAACCAAAAACUACACCACUCAGUCACUAGCCAGCGUCGCCUACCUCAUCAACACGCUGGCCAACAAUGUGCUGCAGAUGUUAGACAUCCAGGCCUCACAACUCCGGCGAAUGGAGAGUUCCGUUAACCACAUUUCACAGACUGUCAACAUUCACAAGGAAAAAGUGGCGAGGCGAGAGAUCGGCAUCCUGACCACAAAUAAGAACACGACCCGCUCGCAUAAGAUCAUCGCUCCGGCCAAUCCCGAGAGGCCAGUGCGCUACAUCAGGAAGCCCAUCGACUACGGCGUGCUGGAUGACAUCGGGCAUGGAGUCAAGUGGUUGUUAAAGUUCAAGGUGAACGGACAGACGAACAUGAAACUUGGAGGAAUGUCCCGGUCCAACCCGCCCACCCAGAAACCGCCGAGUCCUCCAAAGGCAGCCAAAGGCAUCUUAGGGAGGAACUCCCCGUACAGGACGCUGGAGCCGGUGCGCCCCCCAGUGGUACCCAAUGAUUAUGUUUCCAGUCCGACCAGAACUAACAUUCCCGCUGGACAGCUUCCCAGUCCAGGCCGCACCGCCACCCUCAGCCAACGACCCCGAACCUACAGCGGCAGCAGCGGAGGCAGCCAUCCCAGCAGCAGCAGCCGGAGCAGCAGCAGGGAAAAUAGCGGGAGCGGCAGCGUGGGCGUUCCCAUCGCUGUGCCGACACCAUCACCGCCCUCCACUUUCCCAGUCUCCCCAACUGCUGGACCAACCAGCUCCUCUUCCACAGCUCCGAACUCCUCCCCCUCACCUUCCUCCUUCUCCUCCUCCUCCUCCUCCUCCUCCACCACAACCUUAACUCACCCCAGCGCACCUUUGGCACCAAAAGCAGCCUCACGAUCUCCUCAGCCAAACACAGCAAGCAGCUCCUCCCCUCAAUUUAACUCCGCCCCUGGCUUGCCUGUGGUCCACUCAGGCGUUUUGACUGGAGAAUUGUCUCCCGUCCGCCCCCCUGCUCCCCUCUCCUCCUCCUCCUCCUCCUCCUCUUCCUCUCCUUCCUCGUCACCUGCCAAAGGAGCGCUCGUCCCUCAGUUCUUCAGUAUGAACCGGCCUCAGCCUCGACAACAGGCUCCACAGGUGGGAGGGUCCCUGCCAUACCGCCGCCCCCCCUCUGUCACAGGACAGCCAAUUGUAACGCAGAACCACGUCAACGGGGGUCCGUACUACAACCAGAGUCCUGCCUCCCUGCCGCCCCCCUCCUUCCUCCAGUUCACACCUCAGCUUCCUCUCAUGGGCUUCGUGGCUCGAGUUCAGGAGUCCAUCUCAGAUGCAUCACCUCAUACACACUCACCUGCUGAGAACCAGUCGGGGCCUGUGGAGCCGAAACCCUCCCCUCAGCCAUUGGAGGAUGGGCGGGAAGAGGAGGAGUCAGCUGUGGUGGAGUAUAACGACCCCUAUGCUGAAGAAGACCCACCGUGGGCCCCCAGAAAUUACCUGGAAAAAGUGGUAGCCAUCUAUGACUACACAGCAGACAAAGAAGAUGAGUUGUCGUUCCAGGAAGGAGCGAUCAUCUACGUCAUCAAGAAGAAUGAGGACGGCUGGUUCGAAGGAGUCAUGAACGCCACCACCGGUCUCUUCCCCGGAAACUACGUCGAGUCCAUCAUGCACUACGCCGACUGAGGAACCAAGUGCUGUUUGUUUGUUUGUUUUUUAGUGUUUUCUGUGAUCCUGGACA